AUGGAUCAGGUCUUGGAUGGCGGCCGUCUCCCGCUAGAAACUUGGUUCUGGGAGAUGCCUAUAGUCACACGAUGGUGGACAGUGGCAACAAUCUCUACCAGCGCGCUCGUCCAGUGCCAUAUGGUAACACCAUUCCAACUCUUCUAUAGCUUCCGGGCUGUUUUCGUCAAAUUACAGUACUGGAGAUUGUUAACGACUUUCCUCUACUUCGGACCCUUCUCUCUUGACUUGUUAUUCCACAUAUACUUUCUCCAAAGAUAUGCAAGACUCUUAGAAGAGUCUUCGGGACGGUCACCAGCGCAUUUCUCGUGGCUCCUCAUGUACGCCAUGGCCAGCCUAAUCGCGCUGUCCCCCCUCGUCUCGAUGCCAUUUCUGGGACACCCGCUGUCUUCAACACUCGUAUACAUUUGGUCGCGUCGUAACCCUGAAACAAGAUUGAGCUUUCUCGGCCUCCUUGUCUUCACGGCGCCUUACCUGCCGUGGGUUCUGAUGGGAUUCAGCCUGGUCAUGCACGGCACCAUUCCGAGGGAUGAGAUAAUGGGUGUGGUUAUUGGCCAUGUUUGGUACUUCUUCAACGAUGUGUACCCCCCCCUUCACAACGACUCCAGACCACUGGAUCCCCCUCGCUGGUGGAGGCGUCUGUUCGAGGGACCCCUCCCCAAUGAGUCGGAUAAUGGAGGAAACGAUGAUAUUCUGGUGGCUGGUCCUCGAGAUGUCGCAGCACCGGAAAUCGUAAAUUAG